CGGCGAUGGUCGCUGCCGGCGCAGCCUCGUUCUCGUUCUGGCGUUUCCCUUCCGGGGUCGGAGGUGGCGGCGGGACCGGACCCGGACCCGGGACCGGCACCGGGAGGUGACGCUGCCCUGGUGGCCGAUGUCCCCGGAGGAUGAGCAAGCCCACGGACCUGCAGCACGAUCUGGAACGCAGCCUGCCCGCCAUCGCCUCCAUCAGCUCCUCCUUCUCCCAGAGCCAGGGCUUCUCCCCGUACUUCCUCUCCCCGGAGAAGAGAAAAGCCAUCUCAGAUGUGAGGAGAACCUUCUGCCUCUUCGUCACCUUCGACCUGCUCUUCAUCUCCCUGCUGUGGAUCAUCGAGCUGAAUACCAAGGUGGGCAUCAAGGAGAACCUGAAGGAUGAAAUCAUCAACUACAGAUUCAAGACCUCCUUCUUUGAUAUCUUUCUCUUGGCUCUGUUCCGUUUUGUCGUGCUGCUCCUGGGCUACGCCGUCGUCCGCCUGCGCCACUGGUGGGUCAUCGCGGUCACUACACUGGUAUCCAGUGCCUUCCUGAUUGUCAAGGUCAUCCUCUCCGAGCUUCUGACCAAAGGGGCUUUUGGGUAUUUACUUCCCAUCGUCUCGUUUGUCAUUGCUUGGCUGGAGACCUGGUUCCUGGAUUUUAAAGUCCUAACUCAGGAAGCAGAAGAGGAACGAUGGUUCCUGGCAGCCCAGGCUGCAGCCUCGAGGCCACUGCUGUACCCCCGAGCCCUCUCUGAGGGACAGUUCUACUCCCCACCCGAGUCCUUCGCAGGCUCAGACAACGAGUCUGAUGAGGAAGGUGUGGGGAGGAAGGCCUUGACAACUCAGGAAAAGGAGUAUGUCCGACAAGGCAAAGAGGCCAUGGAGGUUGUGGACCAAAUCCUCGCCCAGGAGGAGAACUGGAAGUUCGAGAAAAACAAUGACUUCGGUGAUGUUGUUUACACAUUUGAAAUCCCUUUCCACGGCAAGACCUUUAUUUUAAAGGCUUUCCUGCAGUGCUCCCCUGAAAUGGUUUACCAGGAGGUGAUUCUGCAGCCCGAGAAGAUGAUCCUGUGGAACAGAACAGUGGCAGCUUGCCAGAUCUUGCAGCGGAUUGAGGACAACACGAUCGUCUCGUACGACGUGGCGGCCGGAGCUGCCGGCGGGGUGGUGUCCCCGAGGGAUUUCGUGAACGUGCGUCGGAUCGAGAGGAGGAGGGACAGGUACGUUUCCUCAGGGAUAUCGACCACGCACAGCCUGAAGCCUCCGCUCUCCAAAUAUGUCAGGGGUGAGAACGGACCUGGAGGAUUCAUCGUCCUGAAAUGUCCCAGCAAUGCCAAGGUCUGCACCUUCAUCUGGAUUCUCAACACAGAUCUGAAGGGUCGCCUGCCCCGCUACCUGAUCCACCAGAGCCUGGCUGCCACCAUGUUCGAGUUCGCCUUCCACCUGCGCCAGCGCGUGGCCGAGCUCUGCUCCAAGCCCUGAGGACAUUCCAGCGGCCUCUCUGCUCCGUGGGGACGGGGACAGGACCCUGCACCCCCCGGCCGGGGGUCCCCCCACUGCCAGCUGUGGGCUGAGGCCAGGGGGGCUCAGCCCUUCCUCCCACCGCGGCUGCCCCCGAUGUUUGGGGCCCUGGACCUGACUGUUGGUGCCAAAUCCCUGCCCUGCCCGGGGCUGGGGGUGCCCCAACUCCCCACAGAGGGGCUGGGGGUGCCCCAGCUCCCCACAGAGGGGCUGGGGGUGCCCCAACUCCCCACAGAGGGGCUGGGGGCUCAGCUGGCACCCCCAGAUCGCUGUGGCUGCGCCCCAAUUCCCUGAGGAAGAGGGCACAGAGGUGGUGGCCGUGGCAGCGAGGACUCUGUGCCAGGCUCUGUGCCAACCUCUGCCCCUCCACCAGCGGGUGAAGGCACAAUUUGUGACCCCCCCACCCCCACUGUGACCCUGGGGUGGGGGGCACAGCGCCGAGGACCCCCAAACCUCCCCUGGGUGCUGGCCCAGCCCCUUCCUUCCUUCCCAAAGGUGCAGCUCCCGGCAGGAUUUGCCUUAAGCAGAGACUUGGAUCCUUUUUGGGGGUGCUGGGGGGGUGUUGGGGGGUGUUGGGGGUGUGGGGGUGACUGCAGCUCCUCUACCUGCGAGCACCGUGUGCUGCUCUAAACACAGCGGGGGCUGCGCUGCGGGAGGGGGGCACCCACAGCCCCCCCGGCCUCUCUGCACCCCCACGGGGGUCUGGGGGUCAGCCCCCCACCCCCAAAAUCUGUGGGGGCUGAAUUAAAGCCUUGCACUGUUUGCA